ACUUCAGCUGUCACUGUCAGUCAUAUCAAUGUCAAUGACUGGCGAUAGUGGAAAUUUACAGGCAUGGGUGUUUUACAAAAGUAAUCACAAUUUAUUUAUUUAAUAGUAUCAUUAAACUAGCUUGUUCUAAACAAGGUGUUGCUGUACGGUUCGUUUUUAAACCGUUCCGUGGCCACAUUCGCACGAUGGCAGAUCAGUCUGCUUUAGUCGACGAAUACUUCGAAUCAGCGCUGUCUUUGGUGAAAACUUGCGGAAACCUUAUAAAAGAUCAUAUUACUGGAUGCAAGGACUUCGUAUUAAAGUCGUGUGAUAUCGAUCUGGUGACAGAAAUAGAUAAAAAGGUAGAAGAAACUUUGGUGGGAGGGCUUUCAAAAUUAUAUGCCGACCAUAAGUUUAUCGGCGAGGAAGCGGUGUCUGAUGGCGCGAAAUGCGAGCUAACUGAUGCGCCCACAUGGGUGAUAGAUCCUGUCGACGGAACUAUGAAUUUUGUCCACGGUUUUCCACACAGCUGCAUCUCUUUGGGACUUCUUAUCAACAAGGAGGCAGUUGCUGGAAUUGUAUACAAUCCUAUCCUAGAGCAGUUGUUCACAGCAAAGAAAGGUAAAGGUGCGUUUUAUAACGGCCGUCAGAUUCAUGUGUCUCAAAUUAAGGAGUUGAGUAAAGCUUUGAUCAUGACAGAGGCUGGUACAAGUCGUGACCCUGAAAGACAGAAAGUUCUUUUUGAAAACUUUAAAAUGAUAAUUACUAAGGCCCAUGGUAUUAGAACCUUGGGAUCUGCUGCCUUGAAUAUGUGCAUGGUGGCAUUGGGAGGGGCUGAUCUUAACUUUGAGUUUGGUAUUCAUGCCUGGGAUAUAGCUGCGGGUGACAUUAUAGUCCGUGAAGCAGGUGGUGUCUGUAUUGAUCCUGCUGGCGGCCCAUUUGAUGUCCUAUCUCGUAGGGUCUUGUGUGCAAGCACUGAAGAGCUGGCACAAGAAAUGGCCAAAAAUUUGUGCCAAUUUUAUCCUGAGAGAGAUUAAAUAUAUGGAUGUGUUUUGAGUCUCAUUAGGCUAAGUUGGUUAUGUAAGUUGAUCAGUAAAUUUAAAGCAGUUAAAUCUAUUAUUACUAUUAAUUAUUAUUUUAUGGUUGAUGUGACUAGUCUGUUCUAGAAUUUACUGUACUUAAUAUUAGAAUUUAGAAUAUUAUUUAUUUAAAUCACUAUUUGAUAGUGACUCUGAUAAUACAUGUAAUGAACAGAAAUCAUACCAAAUGAAUAAAACCACAUAAUAGAAAAUGAUUUAGGGCUAGGUGAGAGUCUUGACAUUUAACCUAUUGACCGCCACAGUCGGCUCUGGCCGUCAUCAGAAAGUCUUGCCAAGGACGCCAACGUCGGCUACAGCCGACAGCUUCGCCAAUUGAAUAGGAAAUUUCGCGGAACUCCAUAAAGUUCAGUUUUGCUUAAAUAAUCGCGUCUUGCCUUUGCCUGGCGUCCGGGGCGCGGCAUAUUCCUUCGCCGUCUGGCGUUCAAGAGGUUAAGGCAUUUAUUUGUCAUGUAAUAUUUUGUUAGAAAUUACUUUUAUUAUUAAAGGGUAGGUUAUCUACCUUAAAUUAUCUGUUUUUUACUAGAACAGCUAUAAUUGUUUAUUUUUAUGCAUUUUAAUUUAUUAGAAAUUAUAAGCAUACAAAAAUGUAUAUUGUGUUGUGAUGUAAUAAAAUGAUGUAAUAUUGUAUAAA